AUGGAUCCUAACCAAUUUAAGAUGUUCUUGGAGCAUCAGUCCAAUAUAUUUACCCAGUUGAUGCAGAGCAUGGCCGCACUGAAUCAGCAACAGCGACCGCAACCACAACAGCAAGUGAAAUCGACUACUGUUCCGGUUCCUCAGCCGUCGCCAUUAUCGUUGGAAGGAGACAUGACAGCAAACUUUGACUUCUUUGAGAGAAAUUGGCGAAACUAUGUAAGUGCUAUGGAAAUGGACAAAUGGCCUCCAGCGGAUAAUCCAAGAAAAGUGAGUGUGUUGCUUUCGGUCAUUGGCGAGGAAGCCAGAAAACGGUUUUUCAAUUUCGAACUAACCCCAGCGCAGCAGAUUGACCCAGAAGCUGCGUUAGUAGCUAUUAAAGCAAAAGUCGUCACAAAAAGAAACAUAAUUGUUGACCGACUUGACUUUUUCUCAGCUGUUCAUUCACCUAACGAAACAGUUGAUGAUUUCACAACCCGACUAAAAACCCUAGCCAAGGUUGCUAAGCUAGGAGAACUGGAAACGGAAUUCAUCGCGUUCAAGGUAGUAACAGCAAACAAGUGGCCACAUCUUCGUACUAAAAUGUUACCUAUGGCAGAUAUAACUCUGGAUAAGGCUGUUGAUUUAUGUCGUGCAGAAGAAAUAGCGUCGCAGCGGUCUUAUGAGCUGGGAGCUUCAUCUUUGCAAACAGAGGUAAACAAGGUCCUCAAAUCGAAUAAAAGAGCAGCUAGGUGCAAAUUUUGUGGAGACUACCAUGAAUUUACAAAAGGUACCUGUCCGGCGUUAGGUAAACGCUGCCACCGGUGCAAAAAGAAAAACCAUUUUGAAAAGAUGUGCAAGGUAUCAGGUAAUAAACCGAAAGUACGAAAAUCCAGACGCGUUAAAGAGGUGAAAGACGGCAACUCAGAUUCAGAAUCGACCAUGACAGGUAGCGAGUCGUCAAACGAGGGAACAGACGAUGAAUAUGAAAUAAGAAAAAUUUACGACAACUCGAAUACAGGUGGAAGUGUCUUGGCCGAGCUGAGCCUAAAGUUCAAUAAAAAAUGGAGAUCGGUCCUUUGUGAAGUUGAUACGGGCGCCAACACUAGUUUGGUUGGACACUCUUGCCUAGUUGAAUUGUACGGCACGCGCAAUAUUCCCGUUCUCCCUUCAAAGUUCCGUCUACAGAGCUUUGGAGGCAACUCUAUCAAGGUAUUGGGCCAGAUCAAAGUUCCAUGUCGUCGGUUGGGAAAGAAAUUCAUCCUCGUUUUGCAAGUUGUGGACGUCGAGCACCGUCCUUUACUCUCGGCGAAUGCAUCAAGAGAACUCGGUCUUGUCAAGUUCUGUAAUACAGUUGCUUUUGGUGAACCAAGCUCAAGUUGUCACUCAGACGACCAGCAGAAAAAAUUACUCAACAUUCACCGAGUAAAGGCACAGCAGAUUAUCAACGAGCAUCAACAAUUGUUCAAGGGCUACGGAAAACUUCCAGGGUGUGUUUCACUUGAGAUAGACAACAGCGUCAUCCCAUCGAUACAACCUCCUCGUCGUGUACCAAUCGCGAUGCGAAAUAAGCUUAAAGCCGAACUGGAAAGCCUUGAGAAGGACGGAAUCAUCGUCAAGGAAACAUCACAUACAGAUUGGGUGAGUAAUGUAGUGAUUGUCCAGCGCGGGGACCCAAGUUCUGGUGUUCGAAUUUGUCUAGAUCCGGUAGUCCUUAAUAAAGCGUUGAAAAGGCCAAAUUUACAGUUUGUGACCUUGGACGAAAUAUUACCGGAAUUGGGAAAGGCCAAAAUUUUCUCGACGGUAGAUGCCAAAAAAGGCUUUUGGCAAGUAGUACUCGAUGAGCCAAGUAGCAAAUUGACUACCUUUUGGACUCCAUUUGGUCGCUAUCGAUGGACCCGUUUACCGUUUGGAAUAGCGCCGGCACCUGAAAUAUUCCAACUUAAGUUGCAAGAAGUAAUUCAUGGCCUAAAGGGAGUGGAAUGUAUUGCUGAUGACCUCCUUGUGUACGGUGUAGGGGAAACAUUUGAAGAAGCUCUUAUAAACCACAAUGAAAAUUUGGAUAAAUUGCUUCAACGGCUAGAACAAAAUAACGUCAAAUUAAAUAAGGCCAAGUUAAAAUUAUGCCAACGAUCUGUGAAGUUCUACGGUCAUAUUCUUACCGAUCGUGGUCUGCAGCCAGACGAGUCAAAAGUGUUAGCGAUCAAAAAUUUUCCAAGGCCAAUGAAUCGCAAGGAAGUCCACAGAUUUGUCGGUAUGGUUACUUACCUUGGACGUUUCAUCAGAAACCUUAGCGAAAAUUUAGCAAAUCUUCGUCGAUUAAUCCCAGAGUCCGAACCAUGGAAAUGGAAUUCAACGGAAGAAAAAGAUUUUAAUAAAGUGAAAUCACUGGUUGCCGAUAUGAAAACAUUACGUUAUUACGAUGUGCAUGAGCCGCUGAUAAUAGAAUGUGAUGCUAGCAGUAUUGGUCUCGGGGCCGCUGUGUUUCAGAAGGACGGAGUUAUUGGCUAUGCGUCGAGAACACUCACUGCUACCGAGAAAAAUUACGCACAGAUCGAAAAAGAGCUCCUCGCUAUACUAUUUGCCUGUGUCAGAUUCGAUCAGCUGGUAGUUGGCAAUCCCAAAACAACAAUCCGCACUGAUCACAAACCACUUUUGACGGUGUUCAAAAAACCGUUGUUGUCAGCGCCACGCCGAUUGCAGCAUAUGUUGCUCAAUCUGCAGCGCUACAAUCUUUCAAUCGAGUAUGUUACUGGCAAAGAAAACGUUAUCGCAGAUGCACUCUCACGAGCCCCUUUACCAAAUCAGCAUAGCGACAAAUAUGAAAAGCAGAGCAUCCUAAAAGUGUUUAAAGAAAUUCAAGACGUCUCUCUUAGUAAUUUCCUAAAAGUAUCUAGCGCAAGGAUUGACGAAAUUAUCCGUGAAACUGCAAAAGACCAGUCACUGCAACUUGUUAUUGAUUAUAUUCAAAACGGCUGGCCGCAAACCAUCGACCGAGUACCGGACAGCGUGAAAAUAUACUUUAGUUUCAGAGACGAACUAUCUUUUCAAGACGGGUUGAUCUAUAGACGUGACUGUAUUGUAGUUCCUUACGCGCUGCGAACGAAAUUAAUUUCUAGCUGCCAUGCCAGUCAUAACGGCAUAGAAGCCACACUUAAACUGGCUCGUGCGAAUCUUUUCUGGCCUGGAAUGUCGUCUCAAAUUAAAGACCUAGUUAAAGCGUGCAAUGUCUGUGCAAAAUUUGCAGUGUUUCAACGAAAUCCUGUUAUGAAAACUCACGACAUACCGAUUCACCCAUUUCAGUUAAUUUCAAUGGAUGUUUUCUUCUGCGAACUUCAAGGUGUCAAACGUAAAUUUUUGGUUACAGUGGACCAUUAUUCAGAUUUCUUUGAAAUCAAUCAACUCAAAGAUCUGAGUCCAGAAUCUGUUAUCGACGCGUGCAAACAAAAUUUCUCACGUUUCGGUGUCCCACAACGUGUCGUAACGGAUAAUGGAACGAACUUUAAUAAUCAGAAAAUGGCAAAAUUUGCUUCUGACUGGGAUUUUCAAAUAAGCACUUCUGCACCACACCAUCAACAAGCAAACGGUAAAGCAGAGUCAGCAGUUAAGAUAGCAAAGCAGCUGAUGAAAAAAUCAGAUGAAUGUGGCAUUGAUUUUUGGUAUGCUUUACUCCAUUGGAGGAACAUUCCGAACAAAAUUGGAUCUAGUCCAGCUGCCCGCUUACUAUCGCGUACCAUCCGUUGUGGUGUACCAACAGCAGCAGCCAAACUUCUCCCAAAGAUCGAGAAAGAUGUAUCUUUUAAAAUUGAAACGAACCGCAAACGAUCCAAAAUGCAGUACGAUCGUAAAUCACAAUAUUUACCUGAGCUUCAAAUCGGAACACCCGUUUACGUGCAACUACAUCCGGAAACAACUAAACUCUGGAGCAAAGGAACAAUUUCGGAACGACUAAAUGAGCGUUCUUAUCUGGUGGACGUAGGAGGAACCGAAUAUCGUCGAUCUUUAGUACACUUGAAGCCGCGCAAGGAACCUAUUGCGCUGCCAGACCGCUAUUCGUCGUCCUGUGGAAGAAAUCCUGAAUAUCCUUAUCUGCUUUCAGCUGUAAACCGUCCAACUCCAGCCAUUGUAAACAAACACUCGGAUACCGAGCGAGAGCUGUCACCUACAGCAGAAGCAGAUCAGUUCCCGUUGCUUCCGUCGCAGGCGCCUACUGCGAUGACAGAAUCGCAAAUAAAUCCUGCAGCAGUGUCACCAGAAUCGUCGAAAACAAAAUCAAAGAGGGUUCGACCCGUUACACCGUUACAUUUAAACCGUCCCAAAAGAGAAAUGUAUAUUCCUGUAAAAUUUAAAGAUUACACAAUGUAUUGA